GGAGUGGAUUUCAUCAGUAAUGUGGGAUAUGAGGCUCUCAUCCAGAGACUCUGUGAGGGUCGACGGAUGUGCAAAGACAUGGAGGAGCUCUUGAAGAUGAGGUAAUUGGUGGCAGCCAAACUGUUCCUACAUUGUGUAUGAAGUUAUAUUAUGUCACAAUUAUAAGUUAAGAAAUAUUGUGUUUCCAUUGGAUAGGGCAUCCGCAGAAGAGAGAUAUGGCAAGGAGUUGGUGACGAUUGCACGCAAGGCAGGGGGUCUCUGUGAGAUCAGGUGAGUGACUCUGCUCUCAGAAUUCAUGGAAACUAAAUGCCUUACGUUUUGGUAGAGAGAGUGGUGUGUGUUAUAAUGUAUUGUGUAAAAUAAAUGUAUUUGCACUUUGUCACAGUUAUAUUCUUUUCACAGCUCUUUGAGAGCAUCCCUUGACCAACUCAAAGUCCGUAAGUAGAACAUAAUUUUAAUCGUCCACUUGUAGCUAUGCAGUUGAAACACCUGUAAGCAGCACUACUUCAUCCCAGAUUUGUAAUAUGUUACCUCAUGUUUUGUAGAAAUUGAGAACAUUGGGAACCUACACAUACAGCUCUCUGGGAUGUUAAAGGAAGAAGUCAAGAGGAUGGAACAGUUCAGGGAGCGACAGAAAGAGCAGAGAAAAAAGGUUUUGGUUUGAAAUGUAUAGCAUUCACCCACAUUAAUGCUAUAAAUAGCAUUCACCUACACAAGGUCUAAAGACAAUCUAUUGUUAGUGCAUUGUGGUGAAUAUCUACAUAGAGUAUGUUGUACUAUUAAAUCAUAUACUUUGAUUUCAAAUGUUUUUGCUGAUUUGCAUUGCUGUUAAAGGACAGAAAGAGUAUCAGUGGUUAGAUGAGAUCAAUCCACUAUUGAUGUGUAAUUGAUCAGCUAUAUGUGUAUCAGUCACAGCAUGUUUCUCUCUGUCUCAGUUUGAAGGCGUCAUGGACAAGGUUCAGAAGAUGAAGGUGUCUUUAUACAAGAAAACAAUGGAGGUGAGCACAGUUCCUACCAAAAAGCUUCUUAAUUUCUUUAUCUGUAUGCUCAUUUGUGUGACGUGAAGCCCUAUUCCGUAUAGUUGUAGGUAGGGCUUGAUGCCUGGGCUUUGAGACCUUCACAUGUCUCAAAGUAACUCAAUGUGUCAGGAUUAUUUUAGCUUUACUUUCAAAGGUCCUUUGUUUUUCUAUCAGCCCAAAUUAUAUACCGGUAAGGAAUUUGUUAUGCACACGACUAAUAGGUUGCACCACCAAGAGCAUACAGAUAGAAAGGGAAACAAAGAGGGCCAUUCCGUGGCAAGCUGAGGAGGUGCCUCUGAAACGCAACUAUCAGCUCAGGAAAUCCUGCUCUAUUUGUUUUAUUUUAGUCUCCCUGCUUGCACAUGCAUCUCUCGCACUUGAUUGCACUUUCUGUUCCUUAUCUGGCAGCAGCUUCAUGUAAAGUGUCAAAUAAUAAUAGCUGUCUUGAUGUAAUAAUUGGAGGCAAGUAGGGCUGUGGCAGUCAUGAAAUUUCGUCAGCCGGUGAUUGUCAAGCCAAUAACUGUUGGUCUCAUGGUAAUUGCCCGUUAAUUAACAUAAACACAUUUAGCAUCUCCUGGCUUCCACACAUAGCCUACAAGCCACCGAUGCAGACCUUUGGAACAUCUACAUUUUAAAAAACUAUUAUAAAUCCAUGUAAUAUAGCCUACACCUUCACAAUAAAUCCAUUAUUUAUUUUAGACAGGUCUAAAGAAGCAUGAUAUGUAGAAAAUGUAGAAUAGCAUACUCUGAGUUGUCCUUAUGUUAGGUCCUGAUCUGGCUAUGCCAAAUGGUUGUGGGCUACACUAGUUCAUUUAGCAGACAAGAUUUGCUUAGAAUUCCGUGGCAUUAUUUGAUAUUAUUUUAUAAUAUGAAGAAAACAAUUUAACAAAGCUGAAUAAAAUAGAAAGGAUAUUUUCUCCAAACGAUUUGAGUGCCACAUGCGGCUAUUCUUUGUUGAGCGGUUAACAAAGAAAUAGGUAAUCAUAUAUGCUUAAUUUAGCGUUAUUAAUGUAAUUUUUGUUGUUCUACAAACGUUGGACUAUAUGUUUAGAUUUUUUAUACAUUGUAAGGCUGCAUGAUGCGACUAAUGAUGAUUUGAAAAAAGUUGCUUGAAAGGCAUGAGCUCUGCUUUGUUUUUUGUGCAGGCUGUGCACAAUUCAUCAGUCUCUCAUUCACAAUUUGACAAGCACUUGAUAAUGCCUCAAAUUUCACAGCGGCAUUCCCUUUGUGUGGCCGUAAUGCACCCUAAAAAAAUCCAUGCCUUUUGCGGCCUGUGGCCGUUGUGCCCUUGGCCCAGAGUGCUGCACCUCUCACUCACAUGGCUCUCCAUCACGUGAUCGGGUAUUUCUCACAGGCUACAAGUGAAGACAGACACAUCCGGGACGCAACUGCGCGCGUCCUUAUCCAAUUCCGAGGUGCAUAUUGAAGAUAUUGGAAGAACUGUCCACAUUUACUUUUCGUCAGCCAACAGGAUGAGUAGGCCUAACGAACAGCAAAAGCCCUAGCCUAUGUCAAUCUACAAUCCCCCAUAGUACAAAAGUUGACCUAUUCUAUUCUGUGUGAGAAAUAAAUAUUCCAAACAUAGUCUGGGACAAUUGUGGGAUGCGAUAGAUCCCAAAUUAAUACAACCAUUAGCAUAAAGAAAACGCAAUGUGGCUGAUGCAACAGAUCAGAACGUUUAGAUUAAAAUGUUGAUAAACUAUUAGUCUUUUUUUUUCAGAAGAUAAGCGCAGCAAUGCGCACACGGCAGUAGGCCAUAAGCACGAAUGUUCCAUUAGCAGGAAAACACCAUUAUCAAAAGUGACCGCAAAUGCGAUUAUGCAUGUAAUGCUUUUAUUACAGUGAGGGAAAAAAGUAUUUGAUCCCCUGCUGAUUUUGUACGUUUUCCCACUGACAAAGACAUGAUCAGUCUAUAAUUGUAAUGGUAGGUUUAUUUGAACAGUGAGAGACAGAAUAACAACAAAAAAAUCCAGAAAAACGCAUGUAAAAAAUGUUAUAAAUUGAUUUGCAUUUUAAUUAGGGAAAUAAGUAUUUGACCCCUCUGCAAAACAUGACUUAGUACUUGGUGGCAAAACCCUUGUUGGCAAUCACAGAGGUCAGACGUUUUUCUUGUAGUUGGCCACCAGGUUUGCACACAUCUCAGGAGGGAGUUUGUCCCACUCCUCUUUGCAGAUCUUCUCCAAGUCAGUAAGGUUUCGAGGCUGACGUUUGGCAACUCGAACCUUCAGCUCCCUCCACAUAUUUUCUAUGGGAUUAAGGUCUGGAGACUGGCCAGGCCACUCCAGGACCUUAAUGUGCUUCUUCUUGAGCCACUCCUUUGUUGCCUUGGCUGUGUGUUUUGGGUCAUUGUCAUGCUGGAAUACCCAUCUACGACCCAUUUGCAAUGCCCUGGCUGAGGGAAGGAGGUUCUCACCCAAGAUUUGACGGUACAUGGCGCCGUCCAUCGUCCCUUUGAUGCGGUGAAGUUGUCCUGUCCCCUUAGCAGAAAAACACCCCCAAAGCAUAAUGUUUCCACCUCCAUGUUUGACGGUGGGGAUGGUGUUCUUGGGGUCAUAGGCAGCAUUCCUCCUCCUCCAAACACGGCGAGUUGAGUUGAUGCCAAAGAGCUCGAUUUUGGUUUCAUCUGACCACAACACUUUCACCCAGUUCUCCUCUGAAUCAUUCAGAUGUUCAUUGGCAAACUUCAGAUGGGCCUGUAUGUGUGCUUUCUUAAGCAGGGGGACCUUGCGGGCGCUGCAGGAUUUCAGUCCUUCACAGCGUAGUGUGUUACCAAUUGUUUUCUUGGUGACUAUGGUCCCAGCUGCCUUGAGAUCAUUGACAAGAUCCUCCCGUGUAGUUCUGGGCUGAUUCCUCACCGUUCUCAUGAUCAUUGCAACUCCACGAGGUGAGAUCUUGCAUGGAGCCCCAGGCCGAGGGAAUUUGCGAAUAAUCGCACCAACUGUUCUCACCUUCUCACCAAGCUGCUUGGCGAUGGUCUUGUAGCCCAUUCCAGCCCUGUAGGUCUACAAUCUUGUCCCUGACAUCCUUGGAGAGCUCUUUGGUCUUGGCCAUGGUGGAGAGUUUGGAAUCUGAUUGAUUGAUUGCUUCUGUGGACAGGUGUCUUUUAUACAGGUAACAAACUGAGAUUAGGAGCACUCCCUUCAAGAGUGUGCUCCUAAUCUCAGCUCGUUACCUGUAUAAAAGACACCUGGGAGCCAGAAAUCUUUCUGAUUGAGAGGGGGUCAAAUACUUAUUUCCCUCAUUAAAAUGCAAAUCAAUUUAUAACAUUUUUGACAUGCGUUCUUCUGGAUUUUUUUGUUGUUAUUCUGUCUCUCACUGUUCAAAUAAACCUACCAUUAAAAUUAUAGACUGAUCAUUUCUUUGUCAGUGGGCAAACAUACAAAAUCAGCAGGGGAUCAAAUACUUUUUUCCCUCACUGUAUAAAGGUGCAUUUUUAUGGUGAAAAUUAUCUUCCCCAAACUUGAAACUCACGCGCUGCUUACAGUGCCUUCGGAAAUUAUUCAGACCCCUUGACUUUUUCCACAUUUUGUUAAGUUACAGCCUUAACCUAAAAUGGAUGAAAACAUUUAAAAAAGCAAUCUACACACAAUACCCCAUAAUCACAAAGCGAAAACAGGUUUUUAUAAAUGUUUGCAAAUUUAUUUAAAAAAUGAAUACAUUUUCGAUAACAUUUGCAUUGAUGUCAGAGUGAUUAGAGGGACAAUAGAGUGCUGAGUACCAGGCAGUUAGCAAGUUUGGUAGGCUACUAAUGACCAUCAGCAGCAUCAUAGCUUGGAUAACCCAAAUUACCGUGACUAAACGGUCACGUGGAAUUUGACUGCCUUCAUUACUCAUGGCCGCCGCUGUGGCGGUAAUACGGUCUUCGCAACAGCCCUAGAGGUAAGUACAUUGUGUAGUAUUGUAAACCUGAUAACAAGUUCCCUUUCUGUGUGUCCUUUUCCAGUCUAAAAGGUCCUAUGACCAAAGGUGCAGAGAGGCGGAUGAGGCAGAGCAAGCUGCUGAGAGGUUGAGCAGUGCAGCCACCACCACACCCAAGCAGGCUGAAAGGGUAAAUCACUAAACUCUUCCCAUCCACACUGGACAACACAUCUACUUAACUGACAAUGGGAACAAGGCUUAGAAAUAGACCAUUAAAUUGUAUGAAAUCGUAACAUAGUGCUCCCUCUGAGUAUUUGUGUAAAAUGUAACAUACACUAGUUGUAGGUCAGUCUGUAGGCUAUAUGUUUUGAAUUGUAGGAAUAAUAACAGAGGAUGUAUAUUGCAGUGAAUGGUUUGACUUUCAUCAUAGAGUGAAUUUUAACACACAUUCUGCACUGUUGCUGUGUGGGGCAUGUUCAUGGGGAUUCCUGCAACCAUCCCCUUCAACUGAGUGAUGAAAUAGAAAUUCUGUUCUUUCUGUUUACUGUUUUACCAUUUCAAAUCAAAUGUUAUUUGUCACAUGCUUCGUAGACAACAGGUGUAGACUAACCAUGAAAUGCUUACUUACGGGUCCUUUUCCAACAAUGCAGUUAAAGACAAAUAACAUGGCAAUAUACAGGGAAUACCAGUACUGAUUUGAUGUGCAGGGGUAUGAGGUAAUUGAGGUAGCUAUGUACUUUACAUACACUGAGUAUACCAAACAUUAGGAACACCUUCCUAAUAUUGAGUUGCACCCAUCGCUUUUGCCCUCAAAACAGCCUAAAUUUGUCAGGGCAUGGUACCUACUAACUACCAUACCCCAUUCAAAGGCACUUAAAUAUUUUGUCUUGCCCAUUCACCCUCUGAAUGGCACACGUACACAAUCCAUGUCUCAAUUGUCUCCAGGCUUAAAAAUCCUUCUUUAACCUGUCUCCUCCCCUUCAUCUCAACUGAUUGAAGUGGAUUUAAAAAGUGACAUCUAUAAGGGAUCAUAGCUUUCCCCUGGAUUCACCUGGUCAGUCUAUGUCAUGGAAAGAGCAGAUGUUCCUAAUGUUUUGUGUACUCAGUGUAGAGGUAAAGUGACUAGGCAACAGGAUAGAUAUUAGACAUUAGCAGCAGCGUAUGUUGCCAUACCACGCUGUGAUUCAGGCAGUCGAGAUGCUCUCGAUGGUGCAGCUGUAGAACCUUUUGAGAGUCUGUGGGCCCAUGCCAAAAUCUUUUCAGCCUCCUGACGGGGAAGAGGCGUUGUGGUGCCCUCUUCACAACUGUGUUGGUGUGUUUGGACCAUGAUAGAUCCUUAGUGAUGUGGACACCGAGGAACUUGAAGCUUGCGACCCGCUCCACUGCAGCCCCGUCGAUAUGAAUGGGGACGUGCUCGGCCCUCCGUUUCCUGUAGUCCAAAAUCAGCUCCUUUGUCUUACUGACGUUGAGGGAGAGGUUGUUGUCCUGGCACCACACUGCCAGAUCUCUGACUUCCUCCCUAUAGGCUGUAUCAUCGUUGUCGGUGAUCAGGCCUAUCACGGUAGUGUCGUCAGCAAACUUAAUGAUGGUGUUGGAGCGUGUGCGGCCACACAGUCGUGGGUGAACUAUGAGUACAGGAGGGGUUGAUGUGAGCCAUGACCAGCCUUUCAAAGCAUUUCAUGGCUACAGAUGUGAGUGCUAUGGGGCGAUAGUCAUUUAGACAGGUUACUUUGGCGUUCUUGGGCACAGGGACUAUGGUGGUCUGCUUGAAACAUGUACUGUAGGUAUUACAGACUGGGUCAGGGGGAGGUUCAAAAUGUCAGUGAAGACACUUGCCAGCUGGUCUGCGCAUUCUCUGAGCACGCGUCCUGGUAAUCCGUCUGGCUCAUGCAUGGUUCAGUGUUGCUUGCCUCGAAGCGAGCAUAGAAGGCAUUUAGCUCAUCUGGUAGGCUCAUGUCACUGGGCAGCCGUUAGCUGGGUUUCCCUUUGUAAUCCAUGAUAGUUUGCAAGCCCUGCCACAUCCGACUAGUGCCUGAGCCGGUGUACUAGCAUUUGAUCUUAGUCCUGUUUUGACGCUAUGCCUGUUGAUGGUUCGUCAGAGGGCGUAACGGGAUUUCUUAUAAGCAUCCAGGUUAGUGUCCCGCUCCUUGAAAGCGGCAGUUCUAGCCUUUAGCUCAGUGUGGAUGCUGCCUGUAAUCCAUGGCUUCUGGUUGGGAUAUGUACGCACGGUCACUGUGGGGAUGACGUCGUCGAUGCACUUAUUAAUGAAGCCGGUGACUGAUGUGGUAAACUCCUCAAUGCCAUCGGAUGAAUCCCGGAACAUAUUCCAGUCUGUGCUAGCAAAACAGUCCUGUAGCUUAGCAUCCGCUUCAUCAGACCACUUCCUAAUUGAGUGUGUCACUGGUACUUCCUGUUUGAGUUUUUGCUUGUAAGCAGGAAUCAGGAAUAUAGAGUUAUGGUCAGAUUUGCCAAAUGGAGGGUGAAGGUGAGCUUUGUAUGCACCUCUGUGUGUGGAGUUUUUUCCCCCUCUAGUUGCACAGGUGACAAGCUGGUAGAAAUGAGGUAAAACAGAUUUCAGUUUUCCUGCAUUAAAAUCACCAGCCACUAGGAGCGCUGCCUCUGGCUGAGCAUUUUCUUGUUGGCUUAUGGCCCUGUAUAGCUCGUUAAGUCUUAGUGCCAGCAUCGGUUUGUGGUGGUAUAUAGACAGCUAUGAGAAAUAUAAAUUGGUAAAUAGUAUGGUCUACAGCUUAUCAUGAGGUAUUCUAACUCAGGCGAGCAGAACCUUGAGACUUCCUUAAAAUUAGAGAUUGCGUACAAGCUGUUAUUAACAAAGAGACACACCCCCACCCUUGAGUUUAUGACUCUUGAGCCAUGACUCCGUGAAGCAUAGGAUAUUACUGUUCUUCAGGUCCCGUUGAUAGAAUAGUAUCGAACGGAGCUCGUCUAGUUUGUUCUCCAGUGAUUGUACAUUCGCCAGUAGACAGAGGGUAGAGGCGGUUUAUCUUGAAAAAAGAACUACAUUAUUUCUAAUGAUGUAAUUGGGAGAUCAUUUCCGUACUCUUUAGUACUGACAUUUAUGCAUUCGUUUCCUGUCAGUGACAGUAACAUCCCUGUUCGUUUGCAGAUGCUCAACAAGUCUAAGCAGUGCAGGGAGGCAGCAGGAGAGGCAGGUAAGCGAUACUAGGCUACUGAGCUCCUAUCUUUUCCUGUCGUUGUACUCCAAAUAAAGGCAGUCCAUGACUUGAAAUCAAGAUUGUUGAAAAACCAUAGCAUGAUUUGACAGUUUGUUUUUGUCUCCCUUUCAUCACCAUAAUGCUGAGGUUUAACAGAAAUGAACUGUUGUAAAAAAAAAAAUUUCAUCAAGUAAUCUUAGAAUUUGCUUCCAAUUUGCAGAUUAUAUUUCUAAAGGCCAUAUACACUGAGUGUACAAAACAUUAAGAACACCUUCCCCAGGGAUGCUGGCCCAUGUUGACUCCAAUGCGUCCCACUGUUGUGUCAAGUUGGCUGGAUGUCCUUUGGGUGGUGGACCAUUUUUGAUACACACAAGAAACUGUUGAGCGUGAAAAACCCAGCAGCGUUGCAGUUCUUGACACAAACCGGUGCGACUGACACCUACUUCCAUACCCCAUUCAAAGGCACUUAAAUAUUGUGUCUUGCCCAUUCACCCUCUGAAUGACACACAUACACAAUCCAUGUCUCAAUUGUCUCAAGGCUUAAAAAUCCUUCUUUAACCUGUCUCUUCCCCUUCAUCUACACUGAUUGAAGUGGAUUUAACAAGUGACAUCAAUAAGGAGUCAUAGCUUUCACCUGGAUUUACCUGGUCAGUCUAUGUCAUAGAAAGAACAGGUGUUCUUAAUGUUUUUUACACUUAGUGUAUAUUGUGCCUCCACUGUGACAGAGGAUCCAAUGAAUCUUCAACAAUUAUUCCAGCACAGGAGUCAAUAACUGUGUAUUAUCUGAAUACCACCUUUGCUUCUUUGUCCUCAGAAAAACAAUACAUGUCAAACAUCGAACAGCUAGACAAGAUUCGCCAAGAAUGGGAAACCACACAUGAGAGCACAUGUGAGGUACAUUGAGGCAUAUUCUGAUGUCAUUGCAAUGAAUGCAAGUUGGAUUGUACAGUAUGAUCUGACAAACUUUUCUUAAAUUACGUAAAUAUUAGCUGUCAGACCAGCUGAUGGUCUACAGAUUGUUGUAAAAAGGGGUUAUCCCCUGCAGGUCUUUCAGCAGCAGGAGGGAGAUCGUAUCAACAUCCUAAGGAAUGCCAUCUGGGUCCACUGUAACCAAUUUUCAAUGCAAUGUGUCAAAGAUGAUGAGGUUGGUCAAGUUUUUGUCUUACCAAGCCAUACUGUAAUCCACAAUAUCAGUAGCAUUAGUCAGCAUUUUAAAGCAUGGUACCAUGUAUACCAGUAUAUAAGACAAAUAUAGAAUGUGUCUCAACUGUAUCAUAUAGUAGCUAUAAGACUACUCAGUAAGGCUGAUUAGUAAUGAUGAAUGAAGAAAGUAAACUGAAUGUGUUUGAGCCGUGCCCAAAAUGUACUUUCAGUGUUAUGAGGAUGUGAGGAAAACUCUAGAACUGUGUGACAUCAUGGUAGACAACAACUGCUUUGUUGAGAUGAAAAGCACUGGCUCAAGUCCACCAGGUAGGUACACUACACCACCAGUCCUGUUUAAUGGUUUGUGUACAUGAAUAUGUUCCAGGUCUGAACAUUUCAAUAUUACAUCUUUAAAUGUCAAAAUAGUAAAAUAUUGAUGAAAAUAUGUGGCCACAUUGAGAAAUAAUAUGUUCACCCUUUGUUUGCACUUUGCAGUGCAGCCAUGUCUCUGUGAUACACUCUUUACUUAGGCUUUGGGUGAGUUUGCUUUGCUGAAUGCCUGUGAUUUCUCCCCAGAUCCCAUUGUGUUUGAGAACUACUAUGACAGGGAGCCCUGGACAGACACCAAUGGCAGUGCCCGCUUUGUAGGAGGAGUUAUGAAGAGGUUAGAGAUACUAAGAAUUGUUUUUGCACUACAAGAAUGCACAUUUAACUCAUCAAAACAACAUGUUUACAAUGUGAAGCAAAGUAAACUCUGUUUAAUUACUUUUAGGUUUUCAAACCUUUUGCAAGGCAACUCUUCGGCUGGCUCUAAAACCAACGUUAAUGACUGUUCACAGCCACUAGCCCCACCUACUGGUUUGUAUGCUGCUACAAUUACUGUAAAUUAAUAAGUGUGGUACCAAUAGAAACCAUUUGUGGACAGGGAGAGAUAAUGUUUUUUCACAGUCAUUACAUUGUUACUUGUCAGGUAAAAACAUAUUUGAGACUGAGAAAAUAACAAUGUAUGUUCUCUUUCUAUGCCCCCUCAUAACAAUGCAUUGUGUUGAUCUUGUUCCAAUCAUAAUGUGAAAACAUACAGUAAUAGCCCAUUACCUGAUCAUGCAGGUUUUCCAUCUAAAACAUCCACCUGAUUUCAGGUAAAAUGUCCCUUGACGCAAAAGUAGCUGUUGCCACAAUAUUAAGCAGGGUCUGACACUAUAUCACAUCACACUACAUUACAUGGACUUACUCUUUUAGUUCAGUCAAUAGUUGUGGUACUGAGGUUUCAAACUGCCAGUGGUUUGACCCAAUAACUGAUUAAUCUGCUUGCCUCGAUGACUUCAUGUGUAAUCCUUAGCCGACACAUCAGAUGGAGUGUACGCCUCCAUUCCUGGAUUUCUGCGAGAUGAGCCAACCAUCUCAGAGAGCAGAGAGGAGUACCAGGCGCUGUAUGACUAUGUGGCUCAGGUCAGAAUGCUCUGACACCCUAUAUGCCCGCAUUCAACAUCUAGGCAUACACUAAGAAUGAGUGGAUUCACGUUUCUGUGACAUUUGAACUAAACCUAACCUGUCCUUGUCCGUCUCUAGAGUGCGGAUGAGCUGUCCAUGUCUGCAGGGGAGACGGUGGUGGUCAUUGAGCAGGGUGUGGAUGGCUGGUGGACUGUGGAGAGGAACGGCCUGUCAGGACUGGUCCCUGGAUCCUAUCUGGCCAAAUAA